AACUCGUCUAAUAUUAAGAUUGUUUGGCUCAUUUUAAUCAAAAAAUAAACAAAUUACUUCGUAUGUAUUACGUAACUUAUUUUUAAUAUCUCAAUUUGAUUUUUAUUUUGAGUGUUUUUGGUAUACAUUAAUUUCGAAAUCAUUAAACCACAAAUCACAAUAAAUGAAAUAUUUCCUUUUGGGUUUACACAUAUAAAUAAACAUAAAGCGCCCCAAUAUAGAACUUCGUAUCCACCAACCCACUAGUAACCUUUUAGCCACUCUCCUACUCCAAUGGAAACCAUAAAUUUCUGAACUUUCUGUAACAAACUUCUGCCCAUUUCUUCAUUUGGGCAAAAACAAGAUACCCAUCUCUGAAUUCCUCUUGUUUUUGCAAAAAGAUCAAAUCUUUACCAAAAUGGAGCGUGCAAGGAGGGUGGCUAGCAGGGCUAUGUUACGGCGGUUGCACCACCACCACCGCCCCAACAACAACCACAGUAAGGUGGUUGAUUCUAUCUCCUCCGCAAGGUAUGUCUCCACCAUGGCACCACCGCCACCAUCUAGUUUUUCCCGUCAAAAUAAUGAGUUAGCAAAUGUGGGUUUUGGGAGAUUACCUCAAACUCGAUCCAUUUCUGUAGAAGCAUUGAAGCCAAGUGAUACUUUUGCUAGGAGACAUAACUCAAUAACCCCAGAUGAAGAAAUAAAAAUGGCAAAGUUUUGUGGGUUUGAAAAUACUAAUGCUUUAAUUGAUGCAACUGUGCCUAAAUCAAUUAGGAUCCAAUCUAUGAAAUUCUCAAAAUUUGAUCAGGGUUUAACUGAGUCUCAAAUGAUUGAGCAUAUGAAGAUUUUGGCUUCAAAAAACAAGGUUUUUAAGUCAUUUAUUGGGAUGGGUUACUAUGAUACUUAUGUACCACCUGUGAUUUUGAGGAAUAUAAUGGAAAAUCCUGCUUGGUAUACUCAGUACACACCUUACCAAGCUGAGAUUUCACAGGGUCGGUUAGAGUCCUUGUUGAAUUACCAGACUAUGAUUACUGAUCUUACUGGUUUACCCAUGUCCAAUGCCUCAUUGCUUGACGAGGGUACUGCUGCAGCCGAGGCAAUGGCUAUGUGUAACAAUAUCUUAAAAGGGAAGAGGAAAACUUUUCUUAUAGCAAGUAACUGUCAUCCACAAACCAUUGAUAUUUGUAAGACUAGAGCUGAUGGUUUCGAUCUUAAGGUCGUGACAAAGGAUCUUAAAGAUAUUGAUUACUCAUCAGGGGAUGUUUGUGGUGUUCUUGUUCAGUAUCCUGGUACUGAGGGUGAGGUUUUAGACUAUGGGGAGUUUAUUAAGAAGGCACAUGCUAGUGGGGUUAAGGUGGUUAUGGCUACUGAUCUUUUAGCAUUGACGGUGUUGAAGCCACCGGGUGAAUUUGGUGCUGAUAUUGUUGUUGGGUCUGCUCAAAGAUUUGGUGUGCCUAUGGGGUAUGGAGGUCCUCAUGCUGCUUUCUUGGCUACUUCUCAAGAGUACAAGAGGUUGAUGCCAGGAAGAAUUAUCGGUCUUAGCGUUGAUUCUUCUGGCAAGUCUGCUCUUCGUAUGGCAAUGCAAACAAGGGAGCAACAUAUUCGAAGAGAUAAGGCUACUAGCAACAUCUGUACUGCUCAGGCUUUGCUGGCCAAUAUGUCUGCGAUGUAUUGUGUCUACCAUGGACCUGAAGGUCUUAAGACCAUCGGCCAAAGGGUGCAUGGUCUUGCUGGCACACUUGCAGCUGGGUUGAAAAAACUCGGGACAGUUGAAGUUCAGGGUCAGUCUUUCUUCGACACAGUGAAGAUCAAGUGCGCAGAUGCCAAAGCAAUAGCUGAUGAAGCUAUGAAGCAUGAGAUGAAUUUGCGUGUUGUGGACAGCAGCACUGUCACUGUUUCUUUUGACGAAACAACAACUUUGGAAGAUGUUGAUAAACUCUUCAAAGUUUUUGCUGGUGGCAAGGCUGUGCCAUUUACUGCUGCAUCUAUUGCUCCAGAAGUCGAGAAUGCAAUCCCUGCUUCCCUUGUGAGGGAGAGCUCAUAUUUGACUAACCCUAUUUUUAACUCAUACCACACGGAGCAUGAGCUGCUGAGAUACCUUUAUAGGUUACAGUCAAAGGAUCUGUCACUAUGCCACAGUAUGAUUCCACUUGGAUCUUGUACAAUGAAGUUGAAUGCCACAGCUGAAAUGAUGCCAGUUACAUGGCCAGAAUUCACAAGUAUUCAUCCUUUUGCCCCAACAGAACAAACUCAGGGUUACCAGGAAAUGUUCGGAGAUUUGGGUGAUUUGUUGUGUACCAUUACUGGAUUCGAUUCUUUCUCUCUGCAACCCAAUGCUGGUGCGGCUGGAGAGUAUGCUGGGUUGAUGGUUAUUCGAGCUUACCAUAUGGCAAGGGGAGAUCAUCAUCGUAAUGUGUGCAUCAUACCUGUCUCUGCUCAUGGAACAAAUCCUGCGAGUGCAGCUAUGUGCGGUAUGAAAAUUGUCUCCGUUGGAACUGAUGCUAAGGGAAAUAUUAACAUUGAAGAAGUGAGAAAAGCUGCUGAAACACACAAGGACAACUUGUCUGCUCUUAUGGUUACUUAUCCAUCAACUCACGGUGUCUAUGAAGAAGGAAUUGAUGAAAUCUGCAAGAUUAUUCACGACAAUGGCGGUCAAGUAUACAUGGAUGGUGCCAACAUGAAUGCACAGGUUGGUCUCACAAGCCCAGGAUUCAUUGGAGCAGAUGUUUGUCAUCUCAACUUGCACAAAACAUUUUGCAUCCCACAUGGUGGAGGUGGUCCGGGUAUGGGCCCCAUUGGUGUGAAGAAACAUUUGGCACCAUUUUUGCCAUCGCACCCUGUGGUGUCAACUGGUGGAAUUCCAGCCCCAGAAAAGAUGGAGCCCCUAGGUACGAUAUCUGCUGCACCCUGGGGAUCUGCUCUAAUUCUACCAAUUUCAUACACAUAUAUUGCUAUGAUGGGCUCAAAAGGCCUUACUGAAGCAUCUAAGCAAGCUAUCUUGAACGCGAACUACAUGGCUAAGCGCUUGGAGGACCAUUACCCAGUUCUUUUCCGUGGUGUCAAUGGAACAUGUGCUCAUGAAUUUAUCAUUGAUUUGAGAGGCUUCAAGAACACUGCUGGAAUAGAGGCUGAGGAUGUUGCCAAGCGUCUUAUGGACUAUGGAUUCCAUGGCCCAACAAUGUCAUGGCCAGUUCCUGGCACACUCAUGAUUGAACCAACUGAAAGUGAAAGCAAGGCGGAGUUAGACAGGUUUUGUGAUGCGCUAAUUUCCAUCAGAGGAGAAAUUGCAGAGAUUGAGAAUGGAAAAGCUGAUCCCCACAACAACGUGCUCAAGGGAGCACCACAUCCACCCUCCAUGCUGAUGGCAGAUUCAUGGAGCAAGCCAUACUCCCGGGACUAUGCUGCUUACCCUGCUCCCUGGUUGCGCUCUGCCAAGUUUUGGCCUACUAAUGCACGUGUGGACAACGUUUAUGGUGAUCGGAACUUGAUCUGCACCCUUCAAUCAGCAAAUCACUAUGAAGAAGAGAAGGCCGCUACUGCUUAAACACGUACCCUUUCAGCCUUUCGGCUUACUUGCCAAAGAUGUCUUUCUUACAUAGUUUUGUUGUAUAUACAAUUACAUUCUACCACUUGAAAUAUGAGGGGUUAGCCUUCUUUUAGGCACUCUCAUAUGUUCAUCAUUACUUCUGGAGGUAUACACUCUCUUCCUCUCUCUCCCUCGCUUCCUCCUUAGAAGAAAUUGGAAUGUCAUUCGUAUAUUCUUCUUUCUAGUUCAACAACCACUUCUUUCAGUUUUCUUCGCCUUCUCCCAAGGGUUUUAACUCGUGUAAUUAUGCCGAAAAUUGAAAACGGUGAGAAGAUCGGAGAAUAAAAAUGCAGGAAGUUUCUCUAA